AUGGCCAUGGAGUCCGAGCGAGAGCCGAAGGUCGACGUUGAGUCACCCUCGUCUGGCAAUGCGGUUGUGUCGGCAGACGCUGGUUCUGAUAUCUCGAUGCUCGAAGAGAAGAGAGAGAAGCAUUUAGUACGGAAAAUCGAUCUGCACAUUUUGCCGUUUGUGGUGCUUCUCUACCUCUUUAGCUUUUUGGACAGAGUCAACAUUGGCAAUGCCAGACUUUACGGCCUAGAAGAAGACCUCGGUUUGGAAGGAAACCAAUACCAAGUGGCUGUAUCCAUCCUGUUUGUCACAUACUGUCUAUUUGAGGUGCCGUCAAAUCUCGUCAUCAAGAAACUCACUCCCUCGCGUUACAUCGCGUCAAUUUCAGUAAUAUGGGGUAUUAUCGCGACCCUUACCGGUAUCACUCAGAGCUACGGUGGUUUGAUCGCCUGUCGUAUUCUUCUUGGUGUUGUGGAAGCGGGACUGUUUCCCGGGUUAAUCACCUACCUAACCUUUUUCUACAGCAAGCGCGAACUUGCCCUGCGUACUGGGUACCUUUUCAGUAGCGCUGCCAUCGCCGGUGCAUUCGGCGGUCUCCUAGCAUACGGCAUUGGCUUUAUGGACGGGAUUUGCGGACUCAAAGGUUGGCGAUGGAUCAUGAUCAUUGAAGGCAUGCCGACCGUCGUGCUCGGCGUAAUCACUUGGUUUUUCCUUGCCGACGACCCCGACACGGCGUAUUACCUGAAUGAGGAAGAAAGAGCCCUAGUCGUCCGCCGCCGGGGUCGCUACGUGGGUCAAACGGCGUCCGCUCAGAAGUUCCACUGGGCGGAUGUCAAAGAGGGUUCCCUGGAUUGGCGAAUCUACGCAUUCUGCAUCGCUCAGUUCGGAGUGGAUACUAUGCUCUACGGCUACAGCACUUUCCUUCCCACCAUCAUCAAGGGCAUGGGAUCUUGGUCGGUGCCUGAGGUCCAGGCCCUCACCAUCCCUUGUUAUGCAGUAGGAGCCCUAGCCUACCUAGCUGUCGCGUGGCUCAGUGAUCGAACCCAGCAGCGUGCACUCUUUACCUGCAUUUUCGCCGCUAUUUCCGUGGUGGGAUACGGCGUUCUGAUCUCCGAUUCAUCUUCAGGGGUGCAUUAUUUCGGCGCCCUGCUCAUUGCAUUGGGUCUUUAUGUCGCCGUUGGAUUGCCUCUCGCGUGGUUGCCCACCACCCUUCCUCGUUAUGGCAAACGCACCUUCGCCACGGGUCUGCAGUUGACAUUCGGCAACGUGAGCGGAGUCAUGUCGCCGUUCUUGUAUAAAACAAACGAGGCCCCACGUUAUGUUCGAGGCAAUGCGGUGACUUUGUCUCUGGUGGGAUUUGCGGGCGUUGUCUAUGGUCUCAUGUGGGUUUAUUAUCGGGGCAAGAAUAACCGCAGAGACCGAGGCAUGGAGGAUUACAAGGUCGAGGGAAUGACGGAAGAGGAGAUUGAGGAAAUGGGUGAUCGGAGCCCUCGGUUCCGAUACAGUCUUUGA